CUUCCAGCCAGCAUCACACCACACCAGAUUUCUUUAGUCUGUGGCCUGAACAUCGGAGCAGGUAGACAAAAGAAGAGAGAAGAAUGGAGGACAAUCCAUUGCCAAAGGUCUUCAACGACCCUAUUCACGGUCACAUUGAGAUGCCUCGUCUGUUGGUGAAAAUAAUCGAUACUCCACAGUUUCAGCGUUUGAGGAACAUUAAGCAAUUUGGAGGAGGUUAUUAUGUUUAUCCAGGAGCUUCUCACAAUCGCUUUGAGCACUCCAUUGGUGUGGCUCACCUGGCAGGAAAGCUUGUACAGAGGUUGAGAACUCAGGAGGAUUUGGGUAUAACUGACAUUGAUGAACUCUGUGUGCAGAUUGCAGGACUGUGCCAUGACCUGGGUCAUGGCCCAUUCUCUCAUGCAUUUGAUGAAGUCGUGCAGGAACUAAAAAAAGAAAAACAAGAAGAAGAAAAGAAAGAAACAAAAGAAGAAGAAGAAGAAAAGAACAAGUGGAAGCAUGAAGCAGCAUCAGUCAAAAUGUUUGAUCAUCUGAUUAAAGAAAAUGGCAUUGAUGACAUCAUGAAAGAGCAUGGAUUUAAAGAAGAAGACUUCAAGUUUAUCAAGGAGCUUAUCCACCAUCCACCAAGCAAGAACGGUGGCCUUCCCACCUCCUCUCAGUGGCCAUACAAAGGAAGAACAAAGGAGAAGUCCUUUUUGUAUCAGAUCGUGGCCAAUCACACAACUGGCAUUGAUGUUGACAAAAUGGAUUAUUUCAGUCGGGAUUGCCACCAUCUGGGUAUGAAAUCCAACUUCAGCCAUGAACGUUACAUGAUGUUUGCACGAGUUUGCACUGAUGAGAAUGGUGAAAAGCAGAUCUGCGUAAGAGACAAGGAAGCAAUGAACAUGUACGAGCUCUUUCAGAUUCGUAACCUCAUACGCAAAAACGCUUGUCACCACAGGGUUGCAACUGCAGUUGAACUCAUGAUUGUGGAUGCACUCAAAGCAGCUGCCAAAAGCUUUAAACUGGGUGACAAAAAACUCACCAUCCUUGAAGCAGUAGACGACCCUGAAACUUACAUGUAUCUUACAGAUGACAUUCUUCAGCAAAUCCUACGCUCACCAGACGAAAACCUCAGAACAGCACAGGACAUCAUCAGAAGAAUUUUAAAACGUGAUCUUUACAAGUUCAUUGGUGGGAAAAUAUUUGACCCUGCAAAACUGAAACACUUGAUGAAGAAUGAAAAAGAGUGGAAGGAAGAAUUACUCACAGAAAAGCUGAAUGCCUGGUUGAGAAAAGUCAAGGAAGUGAAUGGUGAUCAGCAGCUCAAGGCAGUCGACUUUAAAGUUUUGCCUAUCAAUUUCAACUAUGGCAUGGAAGAGAAGAAUCCAAUUGAUGCUCUACGAUUCUAUAGGAGAGAUAAGCCAGACAUAUCAAUACAGCUGUCCAAAGAUGAGGUCUCAUACCUCCUGCCUGAGAAAUUUGCUGAAAUCAAAGUCAUGGUUUUCUACAAGGGAGAAAACACAGCUGUUGAGGACCUCACAGAGCAUAUAAAAGAAUUCUGGAAUUACCUGGACCCUGUCUUUGCAGUGGUAAACAAUCCCAGCACUUACAUGGAUCUCUCAGUUGUCAAACCAGAUUUGCUUCAGCAAUUCCGACACUCAGCAGAGGAAAAAACUGAGAGAUUUUUAAAACAGCGCUCUUACAAGAUCAUUGCUGAGAAAAUAUUUAACAAGGUGGAACUGAAACAGUUCGACAGUGAGGAGCAGUGGAAGGUGAAGGUGGAGGCUUGGUUGGACGAUGUCCAAAAACCUGGUGGUAAGCAGCCAAAAUUCACCGCAGAUGACUUUAAAGUGGUCCAUUACUCCCUGCCUGACAAAACAGACUCAACUAAGGUCCUUCUUUUGUACAAGGGACUGCCCGAAGAGGAUACUGAAAAAUUCUGGGAAGAAGUGCUGAAGGAUCUGAAACUCUCUGCUUCAGAGAAGAAGACCAUCACUUAUGUGGACCUCAUAGAUGGCAAACCUCUGGCAAUCAUAUGCCUGCUAAUCUCAGCAGCACAUGGAAUAAUUGAGGAACUCCUAAAACAGGGUUUUUUUAUCUUUGAAGAGAAAAUAUUCAAAGCUGAGCAUCUGAAACACUUGCAAAGUGAUGACCAGUGGAAGGAGAAGCUGAAGGCCUGGUUGAAAAAUGUCCAGAAAAAAGCUGGUGGUAAGCAGCCUGCUCGAAAUGUAGCAGACUUUAAAGUGAUCUCGUACGCCCUGCCUGGCCAACCUAAUUUCAUCAAUGUCAUGCUCUUCUACAAAGGACUGCACAAAGAGGAGAUUGACAAAUUGUGGCACAAAGUGUGAAAGGUUCCAGGGGAUCAGCAAGAGGCUCCACCCUCCAAAAGACCAAAAUGCUUAUGAGAAAACUGAGACAUACUGAAAAUCUAGGGGUCUUUUCACUAAAUCAGGGCCAUUGUGUGAAUCAUUAUCAUUAGCCAUCUACAUUAAACCCUUUUCUCUAUUCUGCUCUAAAGGUGGUACCAUUUUAUCUGAAGGGUGUUGUUUUAUGUGUGUUUAUUAACAGGUGAAUCUCUUCUAUAAGAAAGUUACUGACAUUUUGGAAGAAGCUGAGCUCUCUUGUAGAGAUAGUUUGAGUGGACAGAAAAAUGUUUAUAACUGCAGCAUUAUGUUCUCUUCUUACAUCUGAGAUCAUGGAAAAGACUUGGUGUGACUUACAAAUUACAACAUCUGUAAUAUGUUUGAAUUACACAGCAGCCCACAACAUUCCAUCUACUCAAUGGAGAGUAACUUGAUUUUUUAGUUCUUCAAGACAGGCAAAGAAAUUGAUUGUUGAGUGUG